AUGGCCACACCAACAAAUUCUGACCCUGUCUUUGACAGCCUCGGACCACGCAUGUCACUCUUCACACCCCAAGAGGCCGCACCAGGCCAGCUCAUCAUCCUGUGCACCUGGCUCGGCGCCGGAAAAAAGCAUAUUGCAAAGUACGCAGCGGGAUACCGGACCAUAGCCCCGCGUGCUAAAAUAUUACUCAUCGAGUCUUCCGUCUGGAUCAUAGCCAGUCCUUACACAAGACAAUGGGCAGCCAUCCAACCCGCCGCGGAUGUCGUCCUCGCAGGACUAGCCGCUUCUAGCCAGGCCUCGCUAAAACCAAACAUCAUGAUCCACACCUUCUCCAACGGUGGCACCAACUCUGCAACACAGCUGCUUAUUGUGUUGCAGCGGCGGCUGGGCUACGCACUCCCCGUCACCGGAAUCUUGUGUGACAGUGGGCCUGCUCGUGGGACGUAUACAAAGUCGUUCCAUUCGAUGCUUCUUUCACUGCCCAAGGGACUCUUCUGGCGUAUCAUUGGACCCAUUAUCAUCAUGUUUGUCACCAACGUGCUGUUUGGCUCUCAGCUCAUCGGGUGGGAGAAGCCAGAGCGAAUCUAUCGGCGGACGCUGCUCGAUCACAAUCUGGUCAAUUGUAGGAGAAUCUGUUAUGCGUUCUCCAAGGCGGAUACGCAUGUCGAUUGGGAUGACAUUACAAGCCAUGCAGAUGAUGCCCGAAGUAAAGGCUGGAAUGUCAGGGAGCUGUUGUUUCAUGGUACGCCGCACUGCAACCAUAUCUCGAAAUAUCGAGACGAGUACUUUGAAGCCAUGCGUCGGGUUUGGGAGGGUGGCGCACUGGCACCGGGCCCAAAGGCGUUGUUGUAA